CCUUAGGAGACAGGCAGUUGUAAGGGCAACCUAUGCCUAGCUCUCCUUCUCCAUGAUGCUUGACCCUUUGAUACUAUCUAGAUCCAUGCUAGUAAGUAGUAGAAGACCAACAUGACUGGCGUACUCGAGUCUGUCGUGAUCGGCGGCGCCGCGUGGGGUGCGGUGGAGGCGUACCGGGACUCUAACGAGAAGAAGAAGCAACAACGCAGAUUGGUCUCUGAACUCUUCGCCAAGUUGUUCGGUCUCGAUUUUCAAUCCGUAGCUCCUGAUCGCACUACACACCUGAGGUCUCUGAAGUCUGGGUCCGAUGCCGAUGUAGCGGCAGCCUACCAUUUCCUGCAUCACUUCCAAGAGAAGAGGACGAAAACGAUCUUUCAAGACCUGUUUCAAGGAGAGGAAGCUCGUGGCGAUGUCUUGACUAUGGUCUCCGAGUACCUCAAAGCCUGGCUAAGCGCUUUGCCGAAGAGCAACGAGCUGCGGGCCUUCGCAACAGCGCAAAGCAUCCAGGAUGUGCGGAUGCAUCUAGAAUUUUCGAGACAAAUCUUGAUGCGGCCAAAGCUGUUUCGCACGACAGCGAAGGAGAAUGCGUUUGGAGUCGCAGUUGCUCACUUCGCCGACCACUUGGAGCGCUUUUACGAACGGGUGUCUUCAACGGAGCGGAAUGCGGGACACGUCAUUGAACAGAUACUUUAUGACCACCGCAACCAUCGUCCAUCAAGAUUUCGAUUAGACUAGCCUCAGGAGCAGCUCCUGUUUCAUCUUGCCGUUCUUGGUUGAGAAGAACUACUUUUCUGAGAUGCACACAUGACAUUAGAUGUGCGACUACUAGAAAUUGGUGUGUAAAUCUACUGACAACGCCUAGCUGCUUUCCUAUUCUGAGAGCUGUUCCAAACCGUCAACUUAACUUUGAGUGUCUCUAAUCUCCGACCCAAGGCAAAGAGCUCGUCCAGCAAGCGUUACCGGUAUUUCUUUUCGCGCUGUCUUGUGUGGUAAGUGGGGACUCGGAUUUGCCCUGCUUCGAUAGCGUCACAUUAGCCCAAGCCUUUGUGCGGGAUUGCAAAGCUGCAGCUAUGCUGAGGACGGGCGGCGAGCUGGGUGCUUCAGCGCAACAGCCUUCAGGUGGAAGUGCGGGACAUACAACUGCAACUUCUGCCCCUCGCACCACAACAUCCGUUGAGGACGACUAUGUCGGCACUACCUCUUCCGAAAAGGCCUCGAAAGAGAUGAAGAGCAGACGACGUAGAAACGCUCUAGCCUGGGACACACAUAUCGGGAAGUUGUUGUACCUGUUUUUGAGAACGAAGCAUUUUACCAAUUUGAUGGAUACGGCAGACGGCUUAGGACCUGUCCAGACACCAGAGGAAGCAGCGGCAAUGGCGAAAGUUGCGAAACUCAGAGGAGAAGAAAAUCUGGUACGUCUAGGUUUUUUAAAUUACAUUAACCUGCUUUGUGUGUAAUUUCCUCCUCUCACAUUUUAUUGAAUCCAUUCACUCAGAAGAAUGCAUAUUUUAUUUCAUAGCAGUAACUCGAGAUAUCUUUCCAGCCUUUCGAUAAACCUUUUACUACAGCAACUACUACUACCGUCUUCACACACUUCCCCAUUUCACAUACCGUAACAAACCGUAAGAUCUCUUCACACACCGUAAGAUCUCCAUUUCACAUACCCAAACAAUCACUAUUACAGCUAACACUCGGCGGCGCAGAUCGUACUGGGAUCGAGAUGGAACCUGCAUUCGAGAUUAUGACCGAGAAUACUCCUAGUACACUGGGAGAUCGGGGAGAGGCGACGGCCGCCGCCCGUGACCACGACAUGAUGAGAGAUGAGGAAUUCCCUUGCUACGUGGACGAAGCGGAUGUGAAUGGCGACUAUCUUCCAGGCUACAACUUUGAGCCCAGUGAGAUGGACCGCAAACGAGAAGAAUUUUUACGUAAACAGCAAGAGGAAGAAGAGGAAGAGGAGAAACUGCGUAGGAUGGGAGUUGGGGUGUUUACUUUGCCAGGUAACAACUUGACAAGUAGUGCUGCAGGAGGGGAUGGGAAUAUUAUGAUCAUUGACUGUCACUGUAUUGCAGGUACUAGUUCUAGAGAGUUGCUCAAUUUGAAUCGUAUUAUACAGGGUCGUGCAGGUAGCAUUCACCAUGAAUUACUCACAAUGAAUGCUCCUAGGCCUCUAAUAUAACUACCCCAAGAGCCGCCGAGUCCGCACAGGAGAAACUGAACCGGGAUACGCAAAAACACGAACAUUUCUUCCUUACUCCUCCGAAGAAGGAGACAUUUGAGAAGGGCAGUUUCGCCGACCACCUAGGCUUCACAACACGACAAUGGGAUGUGCAUCUAGAAUUCUCGGAAUCAGGUUUGUUACCGAAAUUUCGAGCUUUAGAUCCAGAAGCUACGUUGUCAAGAUCGGCACUGUUGGACUUUUUCCGAAAAAUCGACAACUUGGUCUAUUUUCUCAGCGUCUUGCAGAUCUACAAUCGACUCUCCUUACUCGGUGGCGAUCCGAUGAUUUGCUUUCUUUACGCGUCUAUUCAGCACUUGCUACAUGAAAUGGAAUUUCUGCUCACUGACGCCUACCGAUUAGCAGAACUCUUGGCGAAGAAGGCAAAGAGCACCUUGCAGGACCUGGCGAAGGAACCAGCUUCGCUGAGGGAGCACGACAUGCGGUACAUGAAUUUGUUGCAGCAUUUAGAUACCGAAGGUUUCAAGAGCAACCACAAGAAACUGUUUUCUCUGUUCACGGAGUUGCGGUCGUUAUCGGCGUCAGAGCGUGUUCCGCAGUUGAAGUUGAGCAUUCAGGCGAACUUAGAAGCUUUGGCUCAUACGGUGAGCAGCGACAAUUUUCAAACGCGGUGUGCUUUGCCUUUGGGCAACACGGUGUUGGAUAACGUGCUCAUGAACGCUACUUCUGGUGUGCAAGGGCUGUUGGAUAAUGCCGGUUCGGGGAGUGGAGGUAGCAUACUACAUCAAGCACAUAAUUCUGGAGGCGUCACAGGCAUGAUCACGUCCGGACGACCGCCGUUGUCUCUGACAUAUGGCGCUUUGUCAGGAGCAGGGGUGGGAAUGCAGCAGAACCAACAAACUGCGGUAACUGGUGGAGCAACUAGAGGUGGAGAUAUUGAUGUAACAACUCCGACAGCGAGGAACGCCUGCACGUCUUCAAGUACUUUCCGUACUAGAGGGGGUCACCAAACGACGAGCUCUAGCAGUGUCCCUGACAGAAAUGCUGGCACGCAUAUGUUGAAGACUGCAGCAGGAGAGGACUCAAGAAGCUCUUCAGCGCACGAACAUGAACAUCUCUCGACUACAGGAGAUCUCCCCAUCUCCCAGUGGGAUUCAGACGCUCUGGGAGACUUCUACUAUGGAGAACCAACAGUGGCUGAGGGCAUUGUGAAGGACCGCGUGAGUGUGUUGGAACAGCGUAUGGUCGACAAAUCUAACAGCUCAGUUGAUGGCAGUUCGACCGCAGUGACGCCUGCAGUAACGCCAAGUCCUAAGCACGUUGCAGCGCCUACUGGAGAACUGCAACAACGAGGUGGCACGAGUACUAGCUCUAGUACCGCUACGGCGAUGAACAUGAAUUACCAAUUUGGAGGAAGUAGUGGUAGCAAAAACAAGGGGUCAACAUCUGGGAUGUCUCCUGGUACGAAGAGUCACAAAGUACCAGGCGAAGAGACGAACCACACUUCCGAGGAUGCUAGAGACAAAUCACCGAAAACAACAUCAACAUCAAGCAAGUCUCCGAAAAAAAUGUCUAGGACAACUACGGAUGUAGGCGUUGCAAUUUCUCCGGAAGAUACUAAUAAUGCAACAAGUGUCGAUCGCAACAUAGGACAAAAAGAGGAACGAGAACGUCAACAGAACUCAUCAGCCUCGUCUAGUGCAUCCUCCUCCUCAGCUCAGAACGCUGCGCAAAACCUGGUAGAUGGUGCUAUGAACUACUUUUCCACGACGUUUGGCGCAGCAACUGGUGCUUCUUCAAACACCAGUGGUCUCUUACAUUCUACUUCUACGACUUCUAGUCUACUAGUAUCUACCCGUCGUGAGCGUCUGCUUCUCAAGUACGGAAACGCUUAUUCAGUGGAAUUGCCCUUUGUCAACGCACUGUGGUCACUACUAUCGGAACCAGCGUCGCAUGAACUUUUGAGUGCAUUGCAGGAGAAAGCUGAAGCUGCCGAUCCUGAGAAGAAAUUUCUUCUGGGGUACAACAUUAGCGAAUAUUUGUCUACCACAGCAGCCUCACCGGGUGCAGGGGCGCUAGGAGGAGGACAGAUUGGUGGUGUAAACGCUAACGGAGAAACAACAGGUGGUGCCAGUACUACAGGAGGUGCUUGUACAGGUGCUAGUUCUGGUUCAUCCUCUACUCUUGCUGCUUUUCAAUACGCUUUAGCAUCGGAACAUGGCGUCAUCACUGAAGCGAAUCGCUUUGAGGCAUUGCUUGGACGCACUGCUGUCGCGCCAAAAUACGCAAGAGCUGUGAAGGCAGUAGUAUUAACUCCUACUACUAGCACUGCUUCAGUCUCACUGGUGCAUUGGAACCAGUUUGUCCUAGCUUUGCGACUUCUCGGCCACUCGCAGGUGCUGCAACGUCGUGAGGAAGAAGGGGAUGAAUUCUUUGCCGAAGUGCCUCUAGCUACCGAUGAAGUGGACACGUAUUGCAGUUUCGCACCCAGCGAACUGGCAACCUUUACCGGUCUUUCCUGGGAUACUAGGAGAGAAAAACUCAAAAUUCUAGAACCACUCUAGAAGUCAGAGUUUGAGUUUGAGCAGCCUUUCACUUCUCCAGCAGAACCAACCUCUACCUCUCACAGUUUUUU